GACGCUCCUCCCUGUUGCUGCUCGGAGUGCGCGCACAGUGGAGCGCUGAGCUGUCGGCGCGGUGUGUUUAGUCCUAUGCGCCGCGGUGUGUUCAGCGGUGUGAGCUGUGAUGAGGCAGUGUGGUGUGUUGUACCGGACGGACCCGCUGACACUCCUCUCUCCUCUUCUUCCUCUUCUUCUUCAUCCCUUCUGAAGAUGGUGGCUGGCGGCUAGUUCCAACUUCGGACUACUUCGUGUGUUUUUUUUUUCUCCUCCUCAGCGAAGCGCACAGGAAUCAGUUGAGUUGUCCUGAGAUGACGGAAGUGGAGCCAGUGUUGGACUUCGCCUCCUCGGGACGCUCGGGGAGGAGAAAUGCCCUGCCUGACAUCCUGGGCUCUCCGGCAGGUGUGAACCCUGGAGACCUGCCUCUGAAGCUCGCUGAGCUGAACCUGAAAGAUGGUCCAGGAGGGGCCCAGUCGCCUACGUCGGAGGAGCCUCCUGCUCCGCCAGAGAGUUCAGAGGGGAGCGAGGGAUCGUAGGGACUCGUUUAUUUUCCUCCCCCGGAGACCUGCAAAGAUAACCUGAGAGACGGGAUGAGGGACGAGAGAGAGAGAGGGCACCCUGUGGGAGAGAGAGUGAUUAUCUGUGGAGAGUCAGUCUGUUUGUGCAGCAGCUGAGCCACG